UUUUUUUAAACUAGAAGAAAAAAUGCUUCCAGCAGUCAAAUGGCUAAAUUCAAAUACAAACAAAUUAUUUGUUAUAGACCAAGAAAUGUUUAGCCUUUGCCGUGUUGUUGAAGACAAAAAUGAAUUUAAUAGUGGGGAUGUAAAUAAUAAAUUAAAUACUAUUAAACAAUUAAAUACUUGUGCAGUGACUAAACAAGAACAGGACACACUCCGUACCUUUGCAUUGGACCACUCACCUGAAAGUUAUUUGGCUUUGGGUUAUUCUACUGGAAAAAUAAGUAUAUUUUCUGCAGAAAAUGAUCAAACAUUGAGACUUUAAUGAUACAUC